CCGUCAAAGUGUCCUCGCUGAUGAUGCAGUGGAAUGAACCGGGAGUUCGUGUUCAACCUUAAUGACGACAGGCCGAGCGCAUGGUCCCGCGCGGGAACCACAUUGAACAAAUGGCUGUGGGGGGCUUUCUGCUGCGGUGUUCCCGGAGUGCCUUGUUACUUUUGCAACUGCUGUCUGCGACGGGAUCAUACUGGGGAUAGGGAACGGCCGUGUGUGAACCAAUCCACUGCCACAGCAGAGCGACUCGUGCGCCCCCACCGCCCCCACGCUCCUGGAGGGCGCAAGUCCAAUCCGGAAGUGAUGUCAGCGGUGCGUUGCGCGCUCUCCCAGCUGCAAGGCGAGCCGGCACCGCCACGGGCCCCAGUGCUCGUCCCUGUGGGACUCACGCCUGAACCAGGGUAGACUAUUUGAAGCCUCUUUUAUGUCCUUAAAAAUCAUUGGGAACUCCUUUAGUAAGAUCUAUCUUUAUAAAUGGGGCCCAAAGAACAGUGUGUCAAAUCCUUGCAAUGCAAUGAUUACUUAAUUGACAAUCAUGAGUGACUGUAGCCUACACUGUUUACAAGGUUAUUCCAUGGUGCAUGUCACCCGUUCCGAUGGUUAAGCUGAUGAUUAGGCCACCUUGGGAUUGUAAUGUAUGAGUUUUUUAUGAAUCUGCAAAGCGGUUUGUGAUAGUGACGCAAAGCUGCAGUUUUGUAUACGAUUUUUUUUAAAUAUUCAAGUAGCGGGACGAACAAGUGGUGCACUUGGUGGUAAGCGACACGCCUACCCCUAACAGUUGCAGUGCCACUGUGCUUUAAAUCCAAAAGAUUUUCCUUUU